CCCUCCAUCGACGGAGAGGCUAUGCUCGAGAUUUUUGUACACGCCUCCAUCCGCUUCGCUGGUCUCCCCAUGAAUUCCAACUCUCCCUAUGGCGACGGGCAUCGGCUGCGUGUGAUAGGAUCCAAAAUGCUCGAGGCCGCUUUCUUGAGUGCGAUCUUCGACCAAACACCGAUGAAAACUGGGGAGGAUAUGGAGGCUGAAAUCAAGAAUCUUGACCAACGUGUGGACAAGUGGGUAGAGGGCUACAAGUGGCGCGAGAAGGUGCGCCACGGUAAGGAUGUUGACAUGAGAAGCCAGGCGGAGACUCGCGCUCUCAUGGAUGCGUACGUCGGCGCAGUGUUCGUCGGGAGCGGCUUCACGGCUGUCCUCAACUGGAUCUCUGCCCUAGUUGAUCCUUCUGCCCCUCCCAAGGCUCAACCAGGGGCUCCCGAUGUGAAGCGCACGCGAAUGGAUUCCCCGUUCACCGGAAACCCAAUGGGCUACACUCCCUAUCCAAGUCAGCACUUUCCCUCCUCCCCAGGAUACGCGCCGUCGCCUCCUUCCAUGCACCCACCUCCCCCUCCUGGCAUGCCUCCUCCUUUGCCGCCUAUGUCUGGCCAGCCCCAAUCCACCUUUCUUCCCCUCUUCAAUCAGACCGCGCAGCAACGCCGGAUAGAGGUUCAAUACCCCGCGCAGUUCUCAGGACCGCCGCACGCGGGGAGAUGGACCGUGCAAUGCCUCGUCAACGGGGACGUGAAGGGCACCGGCACCGGACCAAGCAAACAGCUCGCCAAGGAAGAAGCUGCAAGGCAAGCAUAUCACGCGAUGGGCUGGGCUCCACGUAUGUUGGGCAUUUCUACGUCUGGUGUCUUUGCUGACAUCAAGGACCAGGAGUCUGAGUGCAGCCCCCGGCCAUAG